CACUACCUUACUAUUUGAAAUUCCAUACAUUUUUCUUUACUCGGCACUUUUUUUGCUUCAUCUUCUUCCUCCUUCUAGUUGCAUCAACAAAUCUCAACAACUACUGAUGCGACUUCACUCAAGAGGGAGAGAAAAAGGAGGGAGAAGCGCCGAAUCCGUGGCAGGCGACGAUAAAAGAGUUGCCUUCAGGGGAUGAGCAACUCCGAGUCUCCGACGACGACGAAGACGAGAUAGGGUCCGCAGGAACUUAAGGAAAGAGGAGCAUUGGCCGAAAAAUGCAGUCCCCGGCGUCCGGAAGCAACUCAAGGACGCCGAGCUUCUUCCGGAGCCACGCCGAGAUCCGGACGGGGACCUCCGGUGCCAAUGCGGGGAUGCUAACGGUGUUCCUGAACGAUCUGAACACUGCCGGCAUACGCUCCCGCCGCGAGGACCUCGUGGAAGUGACGCUCGAGAUCGAUGCGGACGCUGAGGCCGACGCCGAUGGCCGCGGAAUUUUCGUCCGCAGCGUCGGUUCAGUGUCGGAAGACGGCGGCGGUGCAGGCGGACGGCUCGAACGGACAGGGUCCUCGAACUCACUUGUAAGCAGGGGCACCUCCCGCUUCUGGCGGCUCUCUGCCGACCUGAUGGCGGAGAUCCGGCGGUAUGCAAAGUCGGCACGGUCGCCGUCGUCGAGAUUUUCGGCUGCAUCGCGUGGCGGUGGCGAGGAGUCAAUGCUCGCUGCUCGGUAUGAGCGGCGGCUCCGUGCUGAGCUAGAGCGGAACCGACCUAGCGCGAGGCACGCGCUCAACGGGCUCCGUUUCAUCAGCAACACGACGUCGUCGGUGGCCGGAGAAGUAGAUAAUUCGUGGAGAUGUGUCGAGUCGAGGUUCCAGACUUUAGCCGAGGACGGUUUGCUCUCUCGGGAGGAUUUCGCCGAAUGCAUCGCAGGGAUGGAGGAUUCGAAGGAGUUCGCACUCUGCAUCUUCGACGCAUUGGCCAGGAGAAGGCGCCAAAAGAUCCAGAAGAUCAACAAGGACGAGCUUUAUGAUUUCUGGUUGCAGAUUACGGAUGAGAGCUUCGACGCUCGGUUACAGAUCUUCUUUGACAUGGUGGAUUCCAAUUCUGAUGGACGAAUAACGAGAGACGAAGUUCAGGAGUUGAUCAUGUUGAGCGCGUCGGCGAACAAACUCUCGGGGCUCAAGGGACAAGCAGAUGAAUACGCCACCCUCAUCAUGGAAGAACUGGACCCAGAGAACUUGGGCUACAUCGAGCUUUGGCAACUGGAAACGUUGCUCUUGCAAAGGGAUUCCUACAUGAACUACAGCCAUGCACUUAGUUGCACAAGCCAAGGCUGGACCCCGAACAAAGGGCUUAAGCCCAGGACUCUAGCCAGAAGGAUGAGUUGCAGGUUUUGGUGCUUCUUGCAGGAAAAUUGGCAGAGGGCAUGGGUGAUCUCACUGUGGCUUGCCAUAAUGGCAGGCCUUUUUUACUUCAAGUUCAACCAGUACAGGCAUAAGUCAGCAUUUAAAAUCAUGGGAUACUGUUUGACCACGGCCAAGGGCGCAGCCGAGACGCUCAAGUUCAACAUGGCCCUCAUCCUGUUGCCAGUCUGCAGGAACACCCUCACCUGGCUCCGGUCAACCCCUGCUCGUCUCUUGGUGCCCUUCGAUGACAAUAUCAAUUUUCACAAGGUAAUAGCAUUCGGCGUUGUGAUCGGCACCAUCCUACACGUGGGCAACCACUUGUUCUGCGACUUCCCCCGCCUUAUAGGCGCAUCUCCUCAGCAGUUCUCCCUCAUCUCCCACGACUUCAACAAUCAUCAGCCCACGUACCCGGACCUUCUCAAGGGUCUGGAAGGCAUCACAGGUUUGGCCAUGAUCCUCCUCAUGGCCGUGGCCUUCGUGCUUGCCAGCCACCACUUCAGGCGAAGCAUCCUCCAGCUCCCUCGCCCGUUCAGCCGCCUCACUGGUUUCAAUGCCUUCUGGUACUCCCACCACCUGCUCGCCAUCGUCUACAUCCUCCUCCUCCUGCACGGCUACUUCAUGUACUUUGUCCACAAGUGGUACCAGAAGACGACAUGGAUGUAUCUUGCCGUUCCACUGUUGCUGUAUCUGGGAGAACGAACCCUCAGAGCCCUAAGGUCUAAAUCCUACUCAGUCAAGAUAUGGAAGGUUUCAGUACACCCAGGGAGCGUUCUAAGUCUGGUCAUGUCCAAGCCUCCAGGAUUUCGCUACAGGAGCGGCCAAUAUGUGUUCCUCCAGUGUCCUGCUGUUUCACCCUUCGAGUGGCAUCCGUUCUCUAUUACAUCUGCACCUGGGGAUGAUUAUCUGAGUAUCCAUAUCCGCACUGUUGGAGAUUGGACUGAGGAACUGAAGAGGGUAUUUACUGAGCCAUUUGAUGAUUUUUCAAUAAUUGGAAGAGCCAAGUUCAACAAAUUUGGAGAAAUGGAUCAAGCAUGCAUGCCAAAGUUGCUGAUCGAUGGCCCAUAUGGUGCUCCAGCUCAGGACUACGAGAACUACGACGUCUUACUCCUGGUUGGACUCGGAAUCGGGGCAACCCCCUUCAUUAGCAUUCUCAGAGAUCUACUCAAUAGCAUCCGGCAUGCAGACGAUCUGAUGGAUUCUUAUACAGAAACAAGCAAGUCAGAUGAUAGUUCAAGCAGCUUCAAAUCGGGGGGAAGCUCAAAGAAGAAGACUCAUAGAACAACCAACGCUCACUUCUAUUGGGUCACUCGGGAAGCAGGGUCCUUUGAAUGGUUCAAAGAAGUUAUGAAUGAAGUUGCAGAGAUGGAUCCGAAAGGAGUCAUAGAAAUGCACAACUAUCUCACUAGUGUAUAUGAAGAAGGAGACGCAAGAUCGACAUUACUCACGAUGGUGCAAGCUCUGAAUCAUGCCAAACAUGGAGUUGACAUUCUUUCUGGCACAGGGGUUCGGACCCACUUUGCAAGACCAGAUUGGAGAAAAGUUUUUACCAGAAUCGCUUCCAAGCAUCCUGGUGCGACCAUAGGUGUAUUCUACUGUGGGGUUCCCAUGUUGGCCAAAGAACUGAACAGGCUGUCAAAUGAGAUGAGCCAGAACACUUCCACACGUUUCAAGUUCCAUAAAGAGCUCUUUUGAUCCUUGAAACCACUAGUGGUGGUUGUGCAUUUUUCUGUAAUUUAACGAAAUGUACCUCAGCUUCUCUUCGCGAGUGUUUUCUUACGUGUAGAUAAAAGAAAUAUGUCAAAUAAAGUAUUCCUCAAA